AUGAUAGAGAGCGAUAUCCCGGCCAUAAUGUCAGGAAUCAUUAGGAAUUCAGGGCAAAACCACCACCCCUCGCAGGAGUACAGACUCCUGGCUUCAGACCCGUCCCAGCUGAGUGAGGAUGAGCUCCCAGGGGAUUUGCAGUCCCUGUCCUGGCUGACAUCCGUGGAUGUGCCUCGGCUCCAACAGAUGGCCAGUGGGAGAAUGGAUUUCAGCCUGGGGGCCCAGAAUGCCAUGCUCCAGCAGACAGGUCCUGUGGGGAGCACGAUGCACUCGACACCAGGGGCGAUGAUCCACGUCCAGGCCAGCCUCCCACAGGGAAUCCUGGGCCUCAAUUCCAUUUCAGCACAUGGAGCCAAUAUGAGCCCCUAUGCCAUGGCUGGGCAGCUGUCCCCUGGUUUGCAAACACAGCAACAGCUCUUCCCUCCUCCUCCUCCUCCUCAUCCUCCUCCUCCUCCUCACUCCCAGCAGGUGUUUGCCCUGGCCCAGAACCCCCAGCAGUGUAACCCAGCAGCAAUCUACAACACAUCCUAUGGGACACAGCCACACUAUUCCCAGCCACGCCUGGCACCCCACUCUGCCCAGGAACUGCACCCAAAGCAUUAUCCCAAGCCCAUCUAUUCCUACAGCUGUUUGAUCGCCAUGGCGCUGAAGAACAGCAAGACCGGGAGCCUGCCCGUGAGCGAGAUCUACAGCUUCAUGAAGGAGCACUUCCCCUACUUCAAGACUGCCCCUGAUGGGUGGAAGAAUUCCGUGCGCCACAACCUGUCGCUGAACAAGUGCUUUGAGAAGGUGGAGAACAAACUGAGCGGGACGUCCCGCAAGGGCUGCCUCUGGGCCCUCAACCCCGCCAAGAUCGACAAGAUGGAGGAGGAGAUGCAGAAGUGGAAGAGGAAGGAUUUGGCUGCUAUUCACAGGAGCAUGGCUAACCCAGAGGAGCUGGACAAGCUGAUCACUGACAGACCCGAGAGCUGCAGGCGGCCCCACAAGCAGGCAGAGCCCGAGGGGCCCCCGCUGGGCCGCAUCUCCGUGUCCCAGCUCCAGCCCCAGCCCAUCAUGACGCUGUCCCUGCAGUCCCUCCCGCUGCACCACCAGCUCCAGACCCAGGCUCGCCUCGCCCCCAACUCACCAGCACCUGCACAAACGCCUCCUCUGCACACCCUGCCUGACAUCAGCCCCAGCCCCCUGCCCCACCACCCCAUGGGGCGCGCCCCGGACUUCCCCAACGUGGCGGUGGACAUGAGCACCGAGGUGGAUGCUCUGGAUCCAAGCAUCAUGGAUUUCGCACUGCAAGGGAACAUCUGGGAGGAGAUGAAAGAUGACAGCUUCAGCCUGGACACCCUGGGUGCCUUCAGCAACUCCCCCCUGCAUCUCUCCGACUGCGAGCUGGGCACGCCCGGCCUCACGCCCGUGUCCAGCGGCAGUGACCGCUCCUUCUCCGACCUGCAGAGAAUUUCCCGGUGCCGUAUCCAGGUGCUCCCAGGCUUUCCUCUCCCACACCCAUCCAUGGAUUAAAGCUGGAGGGUGCAGGAUGCUGGAGUGGCCCCACAGGGCACUUUCUUGCUUGAAAAUAUGAAGAUCAGGGGCUUGGAAAGAUCUGUGCCUGUAUCCUCCCAGUGUAUCCCUCCAUGGCAACCUCGCCUUUUGGAAGAGGCUCUCCAUGUCAUAAUUUAUUGUCCAAGGACAAAUGUGAUGAAUGAUCCUUUGCUGUGACUGGUGUCACCUACGAUGUCUUUGCUUUUUUAAAUAAACAUU